AUGGCCCGUCAAGCCGAUGCCUUCAUUGCCCUUCCUGGUGGUUAUGGAACCCUUGAGGAACUGCUGGAAGUCAUCACAUGGGCCCAGCUUGGAAUCCACAGUAAACCCGUGGGUCUUCUAAAUGUUGAGGGUUACUAUAAUUCCUUGCUGUCGUUCAUUGACAAGGCCGUCGAUGAAGGUUUUGUCUCACCCACUGCACGUCGCAUCAUCGUGUCUGCUCCGACAGCCAAGCAGUUGGUCAUGGAACUUGAGGAAUACAUCCCAGAGAGCGAUGAAGUCACAGCCAAAUUGAUAUGGGAUCAAGUGGAGAGAAUAAAUUAUGUGCCUGAACCGGAAGUUCCUACGUAA